AUGAUUGGCCGUCAAAGCACUGUUUCUUAUGUCAGUGCCAAGACCAUCAACUUGGAGUCUUUUCCCAGUCUCCGAGCCCAACUAAAGGGAGAAAAGAAGUCCAAGAUGGAAUUCAUUCCCAGGAAGCCCUCCCAGGCCAUCAGCAAGCCCGUCAAGCCAUCCUCCAGCUCUACACUCCUCAAGGAGCCCAAGAACACCUCCAAAACUGGCAAUGAGGAGAAGAAAUCGUUGAAGAGAAAGAUGAGCGAAGACAAAUUGGCCAAGAAGAAGAUGAGAAUGGAAAUUGAAGAGGGAGAGUUGAUCAGCUCUGAUGAGGAAGAUAAGGAAAACCUGCCUGCCGAUCACCGUGGGCUGAUCAAGAACAUGUUGGGGACCAAUGGAAAGACGUAUCUGGAGAUUCAACUGCCCGAAAAAGUCAAACUAGCCGAUCCAGCCGACCCAAACGAGAUGUGGAAGAAGAUGCGAGCACUAUAUGGAGGCCAGCGUUCGAUCAAGAAGUCCAAAGCCAGAGAAUUUUUCAAGGUGUCACCCUCAGGACCUCUCCUCCGUAAACGAAAAUAA